AUGCCCACAGAAUUGCGAUUCAGGUUUCAUCUCGUAGAAUCAAUACCUGAAAAUAUGACAUUCUACAAAGAAUUACAAUUCCCAUCAACAACUCAUAUAUGGAAACGAUUAAUCAGUUCUGCCAAAAACUCGAUCGACAUUGCAUCAUUUUAUUGGUCAUUACUUCCAGAAUCUGCUGGCUCCUACAGAGGUCCUUCGACUCAAGAUGGAACUGAUGUAUACAAUUCGUUAGUUGAAGCAGCAAGCAAAGGUAUCAGGUUGCGCAUUGUUCAAAAUGCUCAGCGAAACAACGAGACUACAGAUUUAGAACAAAAGGGCUUGGCUGAAGUGCGUAGCUUGAACUUUUCAAAAUGGUCGACUGGUGGUGUGUUGCAUACGAAAUUUUGGAUAGUGGACGGUAAACAUUUUUAUCUGGGAUCAGCAAAUCUUGAUUGGCGAUCUUUAACACAGGUAAAAGAACUUGGUGUUGCAGUUUUUAAUUGUGAGUGCUUAGCUGAAGAUCUCAUGAAAGUGAUGGACGUUUAUUGGGAAAUGGGAGCACCGAAUAAAAAAUUACCUUCGCUUUGGUCGAAGGAAUUAACAACUCGUUACAAUGCUGAAAAUCCUAUGAUGGUUACCCUUAAUGGUGAAAAAAGUGCUGUUUAUAUCUCGUCUGCUCCACCUCAUUUCUGUCCAAAUGGUCGUUUGGAUGACCUCAGUGCAAUUUUGAAAGUUAUUACGACUGCUGAAAAGUUUGUACAUAUAUCAGUUAUGGAUUAUUUCCCGGCGACUUUAUAUGCACAAAAUAAUAGAUAUUGGCCUCUUAUCGAUGAUGUGUUGAGGAAAGCUGCAUUCAGUGGUAUUCAUGUAAAAUUGUUAGUGAGUAAGUGGAGACAUACUCGACCGACAUUGUUUGCAUUUAUGAAAUCACUAGAAGUAAUCAAUUCUACUUUACCGUGUAAGCGAACUUAUGAUACGAAAAAAAAAAAAAUGGUUUGUAUUCCUGGUACAACAGGUUCAAUUGAAGUACGCAUUAUGCAGGUUCCAGUAUCGGAUGAUCAGGCGAAAAUUCCAUAUUCUCGUGUAAAUCACGCAAAAUAUAUGGUUACAGAUAACAGUGCUUUGAUUGGUACAUCAAAUUGGUCAGCUGACUACUUCAUAAAUACAGCAGGAGCUAGCUUAGUUAUACAACGAUGUAACUCAGUGCAAAGUUCAAAAAUUGUUGAAGACUUGAAUAGCAAAAUUUUCAUGAGAGAUUGGAACUCAACAUAUUCAUCACCAUUGUCAGACUUUGAUGAAAGUGGUCAUAGAAUCAAAAAUAAUACAGUGGAUUUAAAUUGCUGA